AAACCUCAACAGAAACCAUUCAGUUCAGAGGCUGAGGGGUGGUUUGAUGUAUGGAACGGGGGAAUGUGGGCUGAUCUUUAAAAGAGACCGAGCUGAAAGGCUUACUGCUAAUGAAGGGACAAAGAUUUCUCCCGGCCCAAAUUCUGAAAGAAAAAUGAUAAUCAUCAUUGUCUUCAUCUGAAUGCCUUACGAUAAAAUGAACAUAAUAACGAAUAUGAUAAGCUCUUGUUAAACAUACAUUUGCAGUUUUUAAUUUCAAGGAAAGACCAGGGUGGAAUUUAUAGCUUUGGUUUUGGUUGUGGAUUUGCAACCAGCCGUUUCAAGUUCAAAUCCCAGGUUGACCAAAGGUAUUUGGUUCAUGAAAUAUAAAUGGAUAAUAUAAAACACAAGAUGAGUAAACCACUGUAAGCGAAGACAUCUGCUAAACCAAUAGACUGUAAAAAGGUAAUAAGUGGGUUUCUCUGGAAGACAUGGGGGUUGACUUGAAUUUACACACCUCCUUUCCUCCCAAGUUUAUUAUUUGGGGCCUGUAGCCAGGGAAUAACUGCCUCGUUGUGUCACUUACUGGAUCCCGGUUCGGAACGGGGUCCGGGAUCGCAGCCGUUCACUCCUGGGUCAGCUCCCUCCUCACAGAAGGAGAUUGACCCGGACUCUCUCUUAUUGUCAUCGCAUGUGUCACGGAAGGUUCUAGACUGCUCCCUCUCGAGUCAGGCUCAAGCUAUCGACCAUAAAGCCAGAGGGCUGGGUACCUGGCCUGAGUGUUUGUUGAGCACUGUGGGUGGGGCACAAGCAUGCCCCGCCCCCACCCAUAUGGAAGGGAUAGCCAUGCAGGGGAUGAUGUCAUUCGGAUUAGACUGACACUUUCUUUCCAUGAACCCUGAUGUAAUGGGUGUCUCGUUUUAUUUUAAUGUAUUGCUCCUUUUUAAAUGAUUUUCCAGAUUUUGUGUGGCUGUCUCAAAGAGGGUCAGCUGUUUUAGACAUUUUUUUAAUUUGACAUUUUAUUCCAUUGCGAAUAUUUGUUCGAUUCAAAAUGUAAAAAUGUCUGCCGUAUAUUUCACGUGAAGAUUUUAUAAUGUAUAUUAUAAAAUAUUAAUUUCAAGUUUAAAAUACAGUAUGUUAAUUAUUCACAUACAUUGUGGAAUAUACUGUAUAAUUACGUAUAUAAUUUGAUUAUAAGCAAAUAUGAAAUUGUAUUCCAUGUACGUAUUGACAAUGAAAAGUAUCCGCUUUAAACUCUUUUAUAUUACCUCAGCAAAUCGCAUGGUCAAUAUUCAAUAUCAUGCAAUUCUUUUAGUUUCUCUUACUAUUGGACUGUUUCCAUCUAUCGAUCAGUUGCAUAAAACAAGUAAAUCAGUCCUACUAGAUAUCCUGAAUCUAGAAUCAAGAUGUCUGGGUUAAAAGGAAGUCUAUAAUUUGUUUUUUAGCACUGAGAGUAGACAUUCUCCCCUCAGCAACUUUCACAGAGUUACAGUUUUACUUGCUCAGUUUCUCCAUGAGCUAAAGCUUGCAGUGGCACAGGGCUGUGUGUUAGCCAAUGUAAACGUGUGUUAAACGUUCAUGACCGGCUGCAAGCAUAUUCCAGGAGAAAAGUCUGGGGCUUCUCAUAUUUACAGAGUCCUGGCUUAUUAGGUCAGUAAUUGCCUUUGUAAACUUUGCACACUCUGCCCCCUCGGGCAAACUGCUAUAAGGUCAGAGCAGCUCACUACCAGCCUCUGUGUGACUACUUAAAAUGGCGUCAAUAUGACCUCAGAAACUACCCCUGUCAUUAGUCAGGUCAGAUGGACUCUGUUGUGUUUUAACCUCUUUACUGCCCUUAAGGGGGGACUGGACAGCCCCAGUAAACAGUCUCUGUACUUCUGCGUGACAUGGGGCCCCCUUGCUUGGCCACCUCCGUUUGACCACGGAAGAUAAAGUGACCUGCUGUGAAUCUGAACAGAGUCCAUGCAUGAGUCAGCAUGUACAGUCUUUCAGUCAUUCAGUCAGUCGGAUAGUCUCGCAGUCAAUCAGACCGAGAGACAGUCAGUAUGUGUGUGAAUCAGUCAGUCAGUGAGCUGGGAAACCAUAUAAUUAAGGUAGAGUUCUAGGGAAGGUUUUGGGAGGGCAGAUUUGUGCAGGGAGAGGAAUUUCCCUGAUGGUAGGGGGCUCUCAAAGGCUGCCAUUGUUCCUGGAGCCCAAGCCUUGUGGGUCAGCUACAAAUGCCUCCACAUCCUCCAUCUUCUGGGAUUUGGCAGAGAGAGAGUGAGCAAGAGCGAGAGAGAGGGCUGGACCAGGAACUUCCUCUCAGGGGGGCAGGAAAGGCUGUCUCUGGUCUCCACUCUGAGAGGGAAGAGCCCCGCUUUCAUUCUUUCAGAGAGGGAGAGAGAGAGAGCGGGAGAGAGACAGAGAGAGAGAGAGGGAGGGAGAGGGAGACAGAGGUGGAGAGAGAGAGAGCGAGGGAGUAAGACAGAACUGCAUAGCGCUGCUGUAUUACAGUGCCUCAGACAGAGGUGAGGAACCAGGGGCAGAGAGAAAGAGGGAACCAUAGGGAAGAGAGAGGAAAGGCAGAGGUGAGAGGGAAAUGGAGAGAGAGAGGAAGCGAGCGUGACCAUCCAAGCCGCCGGGAGCGAUAGAUUUUUACUUGCGAGGGCUGGCACAGUUGUUCGUGUUUCACGCUCUCUGACACGGUCUGGGACAGAACGGCAGCGGCUGUGUUUCAGGAGGCCUGUCUCACUGGGAGCUCCUCAGCACCAAGCCGACACUUCAGCUCCGAGCCAACGGCAUGAGCCGCCAACAGGAGGUGGAGGACGGGGAGAGUCCGAAGCGGAGCAUUCGGGACAGCGGCUACAUCGACUGCUGGGACUCUGAGCGCAGCGACUCGCUCUCUCCGCCCCGGCACGGCCGGGACGACUCCUUCGACAGCCUGGACUCGUUCGGCUCCCGCUCGCAGCAGAGCCCCUCCCCCGACGUGGUCGUCCGCGGCAGCAGCGAUGGCCGCGGCAGCGACUCAGAGUCCGACGCCCCCCACAGGAAGCUUCCGGACAUGCGGAAGGACGACAUGCUGGCCCGCCGGACCUCCUGCAGCGAGCCGCGCACCAUGAUACCCUUCAACCAGUACCUGCCCAAUAAGAGCAACCAGAGCGCAUACAUGCCCGCCCCCCUGCGCAAAAAGAGGGCGGAGCAGCACGAGGAGUGCAGGAAAAGCUGGAGCACGGCCACCUCCCCCAUCGGAGGAGAGCGAUCGUUCAGUAGCUUGGGCUUCUCGAGCUCAUUGGAUCUCUACCGGGGGCCGUUGACGAGCGGUAGUGCGACGACCUCCAUCGUCGUGACGAGCCCCGCUGCCACCCCGCCCGGGGACUGGCCGGGGAGACCCAGGAAAUCCCCUCUGAUGACGGACAGGGAGGAGGCCAGGCCGGAUCGAGACUCCGCUUCCCGUGUGGCGGAGUGGCGGAGAGAUGACGCAAAGACGAACCGCCUCCCUCCCACCUCGCCCAAGCAGGCCAGCGCGAGCCCCACCCACUUCCUGCCGACGCCCGCCUUCCAGCAGGGCAGGCCGGGGAAGGCGGAGGGCGAGGGGGGCAGGUCCCGGCCGCGUAGGCCCUCCUGGUUAGAUGAUGAUCAAGCCCCAAUAUUCAGCCACAGAUCUAGUGUCUCAGAUGACCCCGAAAGUGUGAGCAUGAUUGAUGUUCGAUGCGAGGAAGAGGCUCUCCAGCACCCACACAGCCAGGCUCGCCAUGAGCUCAUGCACAACCAGUACAACCAACUGCGCGAGGAGGAGGACCACUGGCAGGAUGACCUGGCGCGUUGGAAGAGUCGGCGGCGAAGCAUCUCUCAGGACCUGAUAAAGAAGGAAGAAGAGAGGAAGAUGAUGGAGAGGCUCAUGAGUGAUGAUGAGACCAUUAGCCAGAGGAGGAAGAGCAUCAAAACCUACAGGGAGAUUGUGGAGGAAAAGGAGCGUCGGGAGAGAGAGCUCCACGAGGCGUACCGGAAGGCGCGCACCCCGGAGGAGGCGGCCUCAGUGCUGCAGCGCUACGCCCAGCGCUUCACCAUCAGCGAGGCGGUGCUGGAGCGCCUCCACCUGCCCAAGCUCCUGGACCGCAGCGUGUCCGUCGACCCCAGCGCCCCGCCCCUGCGUGCCUCCUCCGCCUCCCCCACCCGGGAGCCCAACCCCAUGAAGUACCUGAGGCAGCAGUCGCUCCCGGCCGCCAAAUUCACCUCCACCGUGGAGGCCAUGGUGGGGCUGCCCCAGGCCCAGGACCCCAGCCCCAAUCAGAACCUGAAUCGGGCCGGUUCCCCAGAACGCUCCCCCACCCGCCCCCAACCCUCCAAGGCCUUGCCUCUGCUCGCCCCCAAACCUUACAGCCAGCCUCGGAACUCAUUUUCAGCCUCCAAACCAGUCCAGGUGGACAGUAUGUUGCCUGUGAACGGAGAGACUGAUGACGUGUUCGCCCCAGCGGAGGACAGCGGCGAGACUGUGAAGGAAGGCAGAGACUCCCUAUCGGGGUUCCAGCCCUCGCCGGCAGGGGCAGCGACCUGCGACAGUGCUGCCAAAGCCUCCGCCCCCCCGCCCUCAGCCUCCACCCCUCCGCCCCCUGCUUCCACCCCCCUGCCCCUUGCCUCCACCCCCCUGCCCCCUGCCUCCACCCCCCUGACCCCAGCCUCCACCCCCCUUACCCCAACCUCCGGUAGUCCCAGAAAGGCGGUGCAGCCCAAGACGGCCCCCAGAGACAGCGAUGCCCGUCAGAGCUCUUGUGCACGCCUGAAAACCACGCCCUCCGUCUCUCCUGUGCCGCCCAAUGAGACAACUGAGGACACGCAGCGAGAAGAGGCCACGCCUACCCAACCCACAUCCCAGCCCACGGAACUGCAGAGGGUGGGUGUGGUUUGCGAGGAGGGAGCUGCGAUUGGCCACUUAGAUGUGUCGGAUGGAACAGCAGGAGGAGAGACCACUGACCAGCACUCCCCCUUAAAAGAAGAACAACAUGUUGAAGAGAAGGUCCCUACCUGUGCAAGCUCCGUAGCGAAAGAGCAGAAUGCUGUUCCCGCCAACCCCGCCGUAACGGAGCUUAUCGCGACAGACAGCCCCCAGCACACGGACACGUCCACCGCGACACAGGCGAAUGAUGUCCCUCGGGAGACAGCUCCAAGCUCUGGAGACGGCCUGCUCCAAGCUCACCCAUCCCCAAAUAGAGCCAACCCGCCUCAGGGACCCCCUGGCACAGGUGUGGAGUUGGACAGUGCUAAGGCUAAGCCUCAGAUCCCGGCCACAGUGUUGAAUUUGCCUAAGCGGUCCGACCACUUUUCUUGGGACCCCAACGAGGAGCGCAGGCGUCAGGAGAGGUGGCAGCAGGAGCAGGAUCGCAUGCUUCAGGAGAAGUACCGGCGUGAGCAGGAGAAGCUGAAGCAGGAGUGGGAGCGGGCGCAGAGGGAGGUGGAAGAGGAGGAGAGAAAGUACCUGGAGGAGGAGCAGAAGAUCCUGGAGGAGACCGUGGCCCCCCUGACCCCCCGCUCGCCUGCCCCGCUCUCCCCUGGCUGUGUGGAAAAGCCCCCGCUCGUGGGACCCCAGGACGGCAUUGUCCGCUCGCUGGCCGACUGGGAGCGCAAGCAGGAGCUGCUGGAGCGGCAGGCGAGAGGGGUGGACAGAGAGAGAGGGGAGAAACGACCGGAACACCCCGACUGGAGUGAAGCAGUCGCUGGGCAGUCAACCGCGGCGAGGAACGACUGCAGGGUCACAGAAAGCUCACAGUCUCUGAGCUCCUCACAGACAGAAGCAAUCGCACAGGCUCAGCAGAACGGCCAAAGAUCACCCACCGCACCCCAGCUGCAGUUCCUCCCUGGUGAGACCUCAUCACUGACGGCCCCAUCAUGGAACAACAGGCCGACCAAACCGCAGGGGGAGGAGGAGGUGUGGAGGAAGACCGCUUCUCUGGACCGCAAUUGGAACGCCGCACAACCCCAACCUGGGGGCAUGAAGAGGUCUGGUUCCUAUGAGAAUUUAGGAGCAAACCCAUCCCAGUCAUCCUCAUGCUCAUCUGAUGUCCAGCCACAGUCUCCCAACAGGUCGGUAAGUGGGAAAAAGCUUUGCUCCAGUUGUGGCCAUCCGUUGGGCAAGGGGGCUGCUAUGAUUAUCGAAACCCUGAGCCUCUACUUCCACAUCCAGUGUUUCAAGUGUGGAAUCUGUAAGGGGCAGUUAGGUGAUACCAGCGCCGGUACGGAUGUGAGAAUUCGUAGCGGCCUCCUCAACUGCCAUCAGUGCUACAUCAGAUCUCGCUCUGCUGGCCAGCCCACCACGUUGUGAAGAAACUUGGUCUUUGGACAGUGGAAGGAUUUAAGGGACAGUCGGCUCAUUUACAACUGUUUCUCUGGACAAUCGCAAGGUGGACGGGAGAAGGCUACAGAAACGGAGGGAUGGUUUCAGUCUGAAAAUGAAAUGCUAAUUAAAUUGUGAGAAAUAAUUAUGGCGACCAAAUAGUUUGGAUCACAACAAGCAGGGAGAAUCAUGUCCACUGGUUACUGUUGCAAUGUUUAGCACAACCGAAUUAACUUUACGUUUCCGGCUCCUUCACCAAUGAUAUACUUUUCCUGUUCUGCUGGUGGAGCCUAAUACAUCGAUCGUGAAUCAUACAUGAUAUUGUUCUCUACGCCUACACCUAAAGCAAUAUAGGAACCUGCGCAAAUGCAGUAGCUAAUCAGAAAAUGUGUAACGUUAACUUUGAAAAGGAAAUCGCUGUAUUCAAAAUUGUGGAAGGGAAUAAACACUAAUCAGUGAAGCAAAUUCAUAGCGAUAAUUAUGGACUAAAAAAAGAAGUAAGUGAGACUAUUUUUAAGUCCCGCAGGUUUUGUAUUUGGACGUAGAACAGCUAAAGUUUAACUGACAUUUCGGUCAAAUUAAGUUGAAUCCGGAUCCGCCAUCGAAAUCUCGCCUAAUUUAUUACGCGUUCUGCAACCGAACUUCGAGUCAUUGUAAAGGGAGCACUUAGCUGCAACAUGAACUUCUAUAAAUAAAAUAACUACAUAUUUUUGAAGAUGCUAGUUUUCAUUUGUCGUUUAUCAUGGUAAUAUAUAAUUUUUUACUGCUGGUUGAAAACAGAAAGUAUGGGGUGUUGUGCUAGAAAUGCCUUAAUCGUAAAGCUGCGUCUGUAGCCUACCUGCAGAAGUGAUCAUUAAGGCACGUUGCGCGUUUUUAUUUUAUUUUUUAUUACGAUUUGCCAUUUCCGGAAUUCGAGAACUUCAAAUGUUCCCAUAGGUUGUGUUGAUUUAAAUAAGAAGCUUUUAAUGAGUAUAAUCCCAUUUAGAUCCAUUUGUGUAAAUCUGUUUGAGAGACCCGGUUCAUUAUUUAAUCUGCCUUAAUAUAUUAAGUAUAUAGUUAAGGCAGCUUGAGCAGAGUUUGUGCUAUUUUAAGACGACUGAAAUAUUAAAUUCAUGGUUUUACGUGUCAAACGUAGUCUAAGGUUUUCUUAUCUUUUCUUUUUCGCUCCGACAAUUGUGUCGGACAUUAUUAGCCUACUAAACUGGCUAUAAUUGAUAAAAAUAUGUGCAUGUACGCUGGAUUCUCUCACGAAGACACUGCUCGCUAUAGUUUCAUUAAGCAAAGUCGUUUUCAUAAAUAUUUCGUUACCUUUAGUGUUAGAGAUUUGGUCUCCAAAUGUCAUUACAUUGCACAUGUGCCUUAGGAAUACAAGUGAUUGCACACUUGGUGGAAUGUUGGCGCUUACGUUUAAAUCCAAAGAUGAUGAUUAGGUCUCGUGAGCGAGCAGGAUAUUCAUUUUCGCUGUAAAUGUAACGCCAUGGAGACAAUGAGACUAUAACUACAGUCCUUUGAAGUGGGAGAACUGUGGUAAUACACCGCUCCGUGUCUUUCUCUCCUACACACUCUUUAUAAAUCGUGCAUUGAUGAGCAAGAUUUGGCUGCGACCCAUUCCGUCGGCACCUUAAAGCAAUAUAUUGCAUUCACAUACACAAUGUGUUUGCUCUCUGUUGACAAUGUGUGGGAUUCAAAUAUAGGCUACUGUUGUGGUAACUAUAUUUUUAAGUCUCGAUUGUUACGUAUUUAUUUUCGAAAUAAUAAACCUGACUCCCUAUUUCGGCUAUCUGAAUUCCAUGAAUCUCUGAAAAUCUAAUUCUGCCGACCAAUUAAAACGGAAGUGCUGCCGUUCCGUAGCUGCCAACUGAGCUGCAUCGCAGUGGAUUUUCUUUCUGAAUCCAGAUAAACACCAGACCUUCUCCCUCCGUAUAUUCUCAAAAGUAUCUGCAUGUAGCGUACACUUUUUAUUUUCGAGUAUGAUAUAUCAUUCCACUUCACAGCUUAGCAAAUAGCGAUUAUUUUGAGGAAUACAUAGUUAUGCGCCCGUCCCGUCUGAAUUAUUUUUUCUGUCCUACAGUAUUUUAAGCUUCAGUUCUGAUUAUGUUUUGUUAUGUUUAUUUAGGUAGGAUUAAAGUAUAACUGAUACCCGGGGAGGGGCACUACAAUCCUGGUGUAAUGUUUUCUGGGAUGGGACAUACUUAUAUGGUGAAAAUGGGAACGAUUCGUGCGAUUGAACUCUGUAUUUAUUGUGAUAUCCAUCUGAAAACACAGAGAAUAGAAAUGUUGAAAUGCAAUGGCUUUUAUAGCAAAUGUAUGUUUAUAAAUAAAAUGUUUAAACUUA